AGGGGGACGGAGGGAGUACUACGUAUCAGUUACAGAGUUGCCUUGUGUGUCGAUUUUUCUAACUUUUAUGGCGGAGGAAUUGACUGAUCGAAUGCAGUUGUCAAGCAGUGACUGUAUUCUUUUGUCAUCAUACAUCUCAAGAAAAGGGGACCCCCUUUCCAUUUCAAUCUAUCAGCAAUACUCUCACGCAGUAAAAAGGCUUGCAGAAUCUGGUUUCCAACAUCUUCCAGAAUGAAUUGCCUUCACUCUAAUCUUCCUAGAUUUUCUGCCUCGCGACUGCAAAGCUUCAGUGGCGUUUCCAGAAAGCCUUCUUUGCCAUCAACGUUUCCCACCACACUAGCCAUACAUGGUUCUAAGUCUGACAUAGGAAAAGAGAGUAUCAAAAUGGAGGGAAAAUCUGAUGUUUAUAGUCAAGACAUGACAGAAGCAAUGGGAGCUGUCUUGACCUAUAAGCAUGAGUUAGGACUGAACUAUGACUUUAUCCGUCCAGAUUUGAUUGUUGGGUCAUGUCUACAGAGUGCUAGGGAUGUGAACAGGCUUCGAAAGAUUGGAGUGAAGACUAUUUUUUGCUUGCAACAGAAUUCUGAUCUUGAAUACUUUGGGGUUGAUAUUAAUGAGAUUCGUGAAUGUGCAAUCAAAAGUGGUGACAUUGAGCAUGUGCGUGCUGAAAUAAGGGAUUUCGAUGCAUUUGAUUUGAGGAUAAGGCUACCUGCUGUUGUUAGCAAAUUACAUGAGGCCAUCAAUAGAAAUGGCGGUAUAACCUACAUACACUGCACUGCUGGACUUGGAAGAGCACCUGCAGUAGCGGUGGCAUACAUGUUCUGGGUUCUUGGUUAUGGAUUCAAUGAAGCUUACAAUUUACUCAAAAGCAAGCGUUCAUGCUGUCCGAAAUUGGACGCCAUAAAAAGUGCCACUGCUGAUAUUCUUACAGGGUUGAGGAAGAAUCCAAUAACAUUGAUGUGGUGUGGUGAUGAUUGUUCUAAUGUGGAAGUCUCUGGACUUGAUAUUGGUUGGGGACAGAGAGUACCUCUUCAAUUUGAUGCAGAACAAGGUUCCUGGACUCUCCAUAGGGAAUUUCCAGAAGGAAUUUACGAGUACAAAUAUAUUGUUGAUGGUGAAUGGGUAUGCAAUAGCUCUGAGCCAAUCACUUGUCCAAACAAAGAUGGCAAUGUCAACAACUACGUGAAAGUUUUGGACAAUAACAGAGACAGCACAAGUGCGGAAAUUCGGGAAAGGCUGUUAGCUGAUGAUCCUGAGCUUACUAACAGGGAACGUGUUAUUAUUAGACAGUUUCUUGAUGAACUCGCUGCUGAAGAGUAAGUAGCAAGGUGGAGAACUAAUAUCUAUGUAUACAGUCACAUGCACACAUACAUUAGAUAUAAUAAACCGUUGUAAAUAUGCCCACUUGUCAUUUCCGAUUGUGUAGCAUGGGUUUUCUUCAGAUUCGGUUUCAAACUGACCUCACUUGAACAGUUGAAUGUGCCACAUUUUGUCAUUUCCUCGUAUAGCCAUAUGUACAUGAUCAACCCAUUUGGAAUAGAUAAGAGGCUUAUGCAGCAAAAUGAGCCAAAAAAUGAAUUAAGAGUGCCUAAAAAUGCCCUCAUUGCUGGUCCUUUUUUGUAGUUUGGGCAUCAAAGCUCCAAAUUUUGUGUCUUGCAUUUUGGGGUGCAAAUGAUUUUGUUCUGUUUCUAUCUACGUUUGAAUUUCUCCGGUGAGAUGGGUGCAGGUCGGUCUGUUUCCAGACCUUUAUCUUGGUCCCAUAUACGGUCACCCAUUUGAGGGAUUGUAAUUUUUGGAUGAAAAAUGAUUGACGUACAUCUUUUUGUGUACACAUGUGGCAAACCUUGUCUGUCUACAUAAAGAGUGUCUGUCAACACUCUACAGUCUACACAUACAAAGUUGUCUGUGUAUAGAUAACUUCUGUAUUUCAAUGUGAAUUAUAUGUAAAUCGACAUAUCUGGCUGUGUAGAUAGACAAGGUGUGCCAAAAGGUGUACACAAAGCAUUUAUGGUUCCAAUUUUGUUUUGUACGACAUACUAGUUUGGCCCGG